ACACGAACAAAAGAUUGUCAUUUCGGUUAAUUUACAAUCAUUAAGAUUCAGCACUGAUCGAUUAAUAUUUUCUACUGUCAUCGAGAAAAGAUUGUAAAAAACGCUUCAUCGUUGGAAUCUAGAAAAAAAAACUUCAAAUAAUGUCGAAAUCUGUUGAGCGUGAGUUGAAAUCUAUUGAUUCAAGAAUGUUAUAUCAACCUAAGCAAAACAUCACAUCAGAGCCGGUUUUAUUGAACGCUGUACGGACUACAGAAUUGAUCGAUUCACCACUUACAACUAAUCAAUCUCCGGAUCAGACUAACGCUCCUCCAGGUAAUUCUGAAUCGCCAAAUGUCGAAGCCAACGCAGAAGAUUCAGCAACCGAACCGAAACAAGAAAACACUGCCCAUAAAGUUGAUACUCCUGAUACAAAAUGUGUCGAUGGAGAGGAAUCCUUUCCACGUACAGCUCAAUUGUCAAUACCACCAUCAUUGCUUUCAAAUCAACAAUCAGGUACUACGGAAGAUAACGGGCAAUCUGUAGUGGUAAAUAUCAGUCCACGAGGAAGCACAGUACAAGAAAAGAAACAUUUAUCUCAGAUAUUGCACGAUGUGCAAAUGAUGCGUAAAUUACGCCGUCGAAAGGAUUCAUUUGCAACCGAAGGUUCGUUUGAUGAUCAAAUGGAACGAACAAAAGAUAUAUCACAGCGAUUUGAUAAGAUGGAACGAUCAAAACGACUUUUGUUCAAAUAUCAGGUGUAUGAAUUUUUUAAAAAACCAUCAACAUUGUGGGCCACCAUCUACCAUGUACUUGCAUUCAUUUUGGUUAUGUCAUGCUUAAUCGUUUCAAUAUUUCCACAAGUCGAUUCACCAUAUCUUGAUGAAAUGGGAGGCAAGUGGAAAGUGUUGGAUCACCUGGAAAAAAUUGUGGUCAUUUGGUUUUCUAUUGAAUAUAUGCUUCGACUGUGGUCUUCUGAAUGUAGGCCUAAAUAUUGUGGCUUGCGUGGAAAAUGGAAUUUUGUCAAAUCGCCGGCACAUCUUUUAGAUUUGACUGUAAUCAUCCUGUCUGCAUGGGUUAUGGUUUAUCCACAUGAAGGUCACGAAGUAUUUGCGUUUCGUGCUUUUCGAGGAUUUCAUCGUUUCUUUCAGGUGGUACAGAUUAUGAUUACUGAACGUCAAUUACGGCCAUGGAAAAUAUUUUUAUCUGUUCUUUAUGAUCAACGUGAACAAUUGAUGAUCAUUUUUUACAUGGAAAUCAUCAUUUUUUCAUUGUUAGCCUAUUUGGGUUUUUUGGUUGAACAUCAAAGUAAUGAUAUGUUAGAUUCAAUGGCUGAAGCUGUCUGGUGGAGUAUUGUAACGAUGACUACCGUCGGAUAUGGUGAUAAAGUUCCGAUAUCAUGGCGCGGAAAAACUAUCUCGGCGAUAUUCAUUCUUUUCGGAUUUUGUAUGUUUGCUUUACCGGCUGGCAUAAUCGGUGCGGGUUUGGCAUUGAAAUUGGAACAAGUUGAACAAAGCCGACAACGUCGACGUAAAGUAGAUGCUGCUGCUCGUGUUAUACAGCGUGCAUGGAAUUGUCAUCACGAUAUUGAUUCGUAUCAGAAAUUGACUUCCUUCUUCACUCAACAAACGGGUGAUCAUUAUAAAUCUCGUGUUCUUGAAAACAUAAGUCAUGCAUUCAUUUCGUUGGUUCGAUUUCAGGUGGCAAAAAGUCAAUUCAAACAGCUGGCUCGUACACCCAAUCUACGUAAUGUGAUCGAAUCUUAUAAAUAUGGUCAAAUGGAUAUUUUCGCUCGACUUAAGCAUUUGGAUGAUAAUUUGGACAAAAUAAUGAACCGUGUGGCGAAAGCAGAAACUGAACGAUUCGAAGCGAUCAAACGUUUAACCAAUCAUUUACAGCUGCCGGACGGAGCAACACCAUCAGCAUCGAGCGAUACAUUCAUACAAACUAAUGAUGGAUCCUAUUUGAUCAAUACGGUUAGCGGAUGUUUCAAUCAAAAUUUACAAUUCGAUUCAACAAAAUCACAAUACACGGAUUUGAUUUUCUUGCCCAGAAAAAACCCACAACGACAGGACAAGAGAAUGGAGAUGGACAGCGGAUCGAUACGAACCCGAUCGUUGGUUAAUCCAGCUUCAUCAACGGAUCGUGAUUCAACCAUACCAUUUAUGGAUGGAUGGACAGAAUCAGCAGAACCGACAUCCAAAACAACAAUAAACGAUGAUGGUCAUCAAAAAUCCCCACUUCGAAGACGUCGAUUAUCAUCAUCAGAAUCAUCAUCAUCAAAACAAGACAACCGAAGACAUUCAAAAUAACCAACAUAUUACCAAACUUUAAUAGAAAAAUAAUUAAGCAAUAUAAAAAAGAAAAUUCAUUGUUUUAUUUCCAAAAGAUUUAUCAAGAAACUCUGAAAAAUAUUUUAAAUAAAAUUAAACAAAUGAUGAGGUCGAUGUGA